UCGAGGUACUUGCCUUGUCAAAAUUCACACAGUCAAUUAUUGUUUUCGAACUUAUCUUGUGCGAUAUCAACGCAAAAAUAAAAUCGAAAUCUAUUGUGCUAAUCGUCCAUAACAAUACCAUAUAGUAUAUAUAUAAUAUAUAUGUAUACCGAAGACUGCUUCGCUUUGCUACCGUAAGAAAUAAUCAGGCAGAAUUAGUUCAGGUAAGGCCAACAUCGGGUUUGGUCUGAAGACGGAGUGCGUAGUUUUAACAAAGAGUUUAGUGUGUUAAAAACUAGCCUUAGAAUGAGUUGGUUUGCAGUUUUUAAGAUUUUUGUUGUGCUCUUCACAUUUUUGAAUGUUGCAGCAGCUGACGACGACUUAUUUCCACUUUCAAUCAUUCAUAUAAACGACUUUCAUGCCAGAUAUGAACAAACUGAUACGACCGGUGGUGAUUGUGAAGCUGGAGAAGUAUGUGUUGGAGGUUAUGCACGAACAGUGUACACUGUAAGAAAAUUACUAAGAGAGCAGAAAGACUACAAUCCAGUUUAUUUUAAUGCUGGUGAUAGUUUUCAAGGCACACUUUGGUAUAAUAUAGGACGUUGGAAUGUAACUAGUCAAUUUUUGAAUAUACUGCCAGCUGAUGCGAUGACCUUGGGUAAUCAUGAAUUUGAUCAUGGUGUCGAAGGUGUUGUACCAUUUUUGGAGGCCUUAAAUACAACAAUGCUGGUAGCAAAUAUGAAUUCAACAUUUGAACCAACUUUAAAUGGAAAAUAUCAGAACUCUAUGAUUAUAGAGAAAAGCAAUCGAAAAAUUGGUGUAAUUGGCGUUAUAUUGGAAACCACUUAUGACUUGGCUAAUACUGGAAAACUAAUAUUCCGUAAUGAGAGUGACACCAUACGUGAAGAAGCCGAGAAACUGAAGGCACAAGGAGCGAAUAUUAUAAUCGUCAUUUCUCAUUGCGGCUAUGAUGUGGAUCAGUUAAUCGCUAAACAUGCUGGUGCCGAUAUUGAUGUUAUUGUUGGUGCUCACUCACACACAUUUCUUUAUACCGGUGAUGUUUUACCCGGGCCAGAUAAACCACGUGGACCUUAUCCAACAGAAGUUAUACAUGAGAGCGGGCAUCGCGUAUUAAUUGUGCAAGCUUCAGCCUAUGCCAGAUACGUUGGCAACUUAACAGUAUUUUUCGAUGAUAAAGGCGAUGUUAUACGUCACGAGGGUCAACCAAUUUAUAUGAAUGCUGACGUACCAGAAGAUGAGGAAGUCAAAGCAGCUCUUAUACCUUGGAAAGAAGUAAUCGAUGUGCAGGGUAAUGUCAUUGUUGGUGAAACGAGAGUAAACCUGUUAAAGGGACCCUGCAGUUCACGUGAAUGUAAUUUGGGAAAUUUCUUCUGUGAUGCUAUGAUUCAUGGGUUUGCAGGUUUAGCACCAUAUAACCAAAAUGCUUGGACAACUGUUGCUAUUGGUUUGGUGAAUACUGGAGCAUUACGUGUACCACUUUAUAAAGGCAAUCUUACCUACUCAAAUCUUGUUACCAUGUCACCAUUUGAAAAUACACUAACUGCGUUCAAUUUAACGGGUGAAAAAUUACUGGAAGCUUUAGAAUUCAGUGUACGAUCUGUGGAUGUAAAUAACAAUAUCACCAGUUCCAGUAUUUUUCUACAAGUUUCUGGUUUGAAAGUAACGUAUGAUUUUGCUAAGCCCCCCAAUUCAAGAGUCAUCGAUAUCAGAGUUCGAUGUGCCAACUGUGCAAUUCCAAGAUAUGAAAAAUUCGAUUCAAAAGCUGAAUAUAGAAUUGUAGCACCAGAUUUCUUAGCAAACGGUGGUGAUGGUUAUGCCGUGUUUAGAGACGCUGGUACAGAUUACCAAAAAGAAAUGACUGACUUGGAUGCUCUAUUAGGUUAUACCAAAGAUACAAAUCCAAUUUAUACUGGUAUCGAAGGACGUAUUACUGUUUUGAAUGGUGGAAACAACAACGAUGAUAACUUGUUUAGAAAGAGAAGAUUUAUGUAAAAGAAAUUAUUUAUUUAUUUUUAUAAAAUACUUUACUAUGAGAUUGUGUGUCUAAUAUCUAUGAUUUGAGAUUGUGUUCCUAAAUAUUUAUA